GCGCAUCACGAAAGCCAAAAAAAAAAAAACAAAAUGUGUUGAAUUGUGAUAGGACUAUAUUUAUUUCUUGUGUUUAUUUAUUGACACCUGCUUUAAACCAGUGAUAGUUAUUUAAACACCUGCAGAAACGGAAUAAGUGGAUACAUUGUUAUUAAAAAUUAUCACCAGAUUUUUAAAGAUGAAGCGGACCAUUUUGCUCAUAAUCCUGUGUUUUCCUUUUAUUAUCGCUGAUCAAAAUAUUGUUGACAAAAGAAUUGCACGUGCUGUAGUAGAGAGUUGUGGUGGAUGACGUUUGAAUCGCCUCCCAGAGGUGAAACGGUUUAUUUACCGUGACCUUCCUUUAUUUCAUAACGCAGAAUUUAAGCAAAUCAGUGGAGCCAAUCCAGAACUCAUAUUUUAUAAUAGAGAUGGCAUUGAAAUAGAAAGAAUACCACUUAGUGAAAAAACUCAAGAUGAAUGCAAGAAAUUGUUGCUUGAUAAUGGAUUUUAUAUGAAAAAAUCUGAAAAUGAAGAUAUCCCUGAGAAAUAUAAAGAUGCACCUUAUAACUCUCCACACCAAGAACUCUAAAAUAAUUCUAUAGUUAAUGAAAUAGUUUUUGUAGCGAAUUAUAAUUUUUAAAAAAAGAAAUAUAUAAUUUAACCAAGCUAAAAGAAUUAAACAUAUUAAUGUUUUCUAUUUUUCAAUAAGUUGGAAAAUAUGAAUUAUAAAAUUUUUUCCUUGAUCCAUUAAUUAUAAAAUGCAGCAAUAAAAAAUGAAGUAUAAUUCAUUAAAAUUUUUUUAAUUUUCUUCAUUGUAAGUUGAUAUAUGUGAUAUUGUCAAUCGUUUUAUCAAAUUUUUUUGUAUUAUGAUAGUAUUAAUUUUUAUAUUCAUUUUACAAUUUCUCUUUUGUACCAAUCAAAUCUUUAAUCUGUUUAAAUGCAAUUUACUGUACCAAUGUAAUAUUACACUGAAUAUCUCAAUAUUUUUACAGGCUCUGUAUUUAUAUUUUAAAAUUCUCUGUAUAUUCUAGUAUUUACAGAACACUGAAAUGAAUGUUGACAAUGGUGUGUUGUCGAGUCAUGCCAUUAUGAAUGAUAAUGCAGAUUUAAAUACAACGGGUCUGUAUUUGAUGCAGCUGUUUUGGCAAUUUGAAAACACAUUAUCUGUAACAUUCUAAUCUGCAAUAAAUGCUUUUCUAUGAAAA